AUGGCACGACCAGCGCCGCCGGCGGGCGAGCUGCCGGCCCUCGAGCGCGUCCAGGUGCAGCUGGGGACGCUGCAGAGUGCGGGACUCGCGCAGCGAAAUGCACAGGAAAAGGUUCUGCACGCUCUCGAUACCGAGCAGCAGAUGGUCGAAGACGCCCUCGUGCAGCUCGCCAUGAGCGAGCGCCAGGCAGCGAGCGACCGCGAACUCGUCCUGGCGCCGGCUACGCAGCAGGUGCGGUACGCGCUGCCACUGAUGAGCCGCGACGCACUGGCCUCGAUGCCGCUCCUGGCGCAGCACGCGGCCCAGCGGCGAGAAACACGCGCACUGCUCUCCACGCCACCGUGGAGCGCCCAAGACACCGAGUGCCUCCGUAUCGCCGCGGAAAACGAGCGGGUGCGCGCCAUGGCGCUCCAAUCGGAUCCCGGCUCGCUCGACUGGGAGCGCAUCGCGAUGCAGGUCCCAUUUCAUACCCCGCUCGACUGCCGCACACGCUGGACAUUCUUUGAGCGCCCAGGCAUCAACCACUCGCGCUGGAGCACCGGCGAGAAAAAGGCGCUCGCAGAACAUGUAUCACAGGAUAAGGAUGUGUCGUGGGAAGAGGCCGCACAGGCGCUCCAGACAGGCAGGUCGGGGUACGCAGCACUCGAGACCUACCAGCGGGGCAUCAAGCCGGCGAUCGACUGGACGCCGGAACGCGACGCGGCGCUCCUCGCCGCUGUCCAGGCCGUGGGGCCGGACUGGAAGGCGGUCGUGCAGCACCUCGGCUUUCCUGCGUUCUGCGCCUCGUUGUGCCACCAGCGGCACAGCAAGCUCAAGAGCACCGCGCUACGGCUGGGGCGCUGGAGCGCCGAAGAAGAUGCGGCACUCCGCGCGGCCGUCGGCGAGUACGGCUGCGACUGGAAACGCGUCGAGAUCCACGUGCCGGGCCGCAGCGGACAGCAGUGCCGCGAGCGAUGGGUGGGGCGCCUGGCGAAUAUCCCAGAGGGCGAAACGCAGGCGACACGGCGUGCAUGGCUUCCGGAAGAGGACGCUCGGCUGCGUGCCUGCGUGCAUUCGUGCAAGACUUGGGUCCAGGUCGCCGAAAAUGUGGGCGGACGCUCGGACAAGAUGGUGCGCGAACGCUGGAUCCUGCUGCGGCGGCGCGACGAGGACGAGGCGCGGCGACAGCGUGGCGAGCCUGUUCCUCCACGCAAAGGGGGGAAGCGGCCAGACGAGCCGCUCGACAAAAAGGGUGCGUAG